UAUAAAUAUAUUUGUUUUCUUUUCGCCAUGUUGAAAACAUUGCAAAGAUUUGUGAAUCUUACAGUCUGUAUGAAUAUCUCACACAGCUUUGCUCUCCAUACUGGCACUCUGAGAUUCUUCUGAAUGAAGAGUGCGUUACAAAUAAAAUGAAUUAUUAUGAAAUUAUUAUUAUGUUUACUUGUGCAGCAACCUUCACUUCCUGCUACUCCGUUGGACAUCUGCUCGGGUCCGGAGGGUGUGCUUCUGUUUAUGCAGGAACAAGGAAAUCUGAUGGAGCACAGGUGAGUGAGUCUCUCCUCUCUUCUUUCUGUUUUCCUUCAAUGCCUUAAAGUUAGUGCCUCCAAUACAUUAUUUUUGUAUCUCCCUGUAGGUGGCCAUAAAGUUCAUCCCCAAAUUACAUUCAAACACAUACAUUACCAUGGUAAGUAUAUUUUUAGUUAUACUGAAUGAUCCACAAACCACAUGAAAAACUACUAGCUAGUGAUAACAUGUCUACUAUAAAUUUGUCUGGGUACAAUCGCCCCUAUCUUUCUUGUUCCUCUAAUGUGUUCGUCUUCCUUCUUUCAAGCCUGGUGAUGGCAGGCGUCUUCUUAGGGAGGUUGCCCUGAUGACUUUGGUCUCUCAGCCUUCAGCGAGCCUUAAUAUUUUGAAGCUGCUGGACUGGUUUGAAGAGCCCUUCCGAUACGUCCUGGUCUUGGAGCGCCCCAGCCCCUGUUUAGACCUGUUCGAUUUCUGUGACAAAUAUGGUGGUCGGCUAACCGAGAUGCAGGCCAGACAGAUCGUGAGUCAAAUUGUUGAGGCACUGAUUCAAUGUCGUGACCGUGGCGUUUUUCACCGUGAUGUGAAACCUGAGAAUGUCCUCGUCAACCUUAAUGACUGGACGGUUAAAUUGAUCGACUUCGGUUGUGGGGAUCUCCUCAAAGAGUCCUAUUAUAACUUUUCUGGCACAAGGAAAUACUUCCCACCUGAGUGGUUUUCGCACAAGAGAUACCAGGCCUCACCAACCACAACAUGGUCUCUAGGAGUACUGCUUUUCGAACUGGUCUGUGGUGACCUGCCAUUUGAAGGCGAAGAAGAAAUCAUCUUCAAACAGCCACUGUUUGUAGAGGGUCUGUCCAAAGGUAAGGGAGUGUUGAAAGCAUACAUCUGAAACUAAUAGUUAAUCAUAAAACAACUUAUUUAACCCUAAAAGGACUAUAUGAAUUGUAACACUACUACAUCUACAACCUUUUGUGUAGAAUGCCGUAACCUCAUUAACUGGUGUAUGAGUAAGGACCCCACUGGGAGACCGGUCCUGGAGGACAUACUAACCCACGACUGGCUGUCAAGAAAGCACCUGUUCUGAGUUACACGUGGAGAGAGAGGAAAUACAGUAAGGCUGUUGUGUAGCCAGUGAAUCAAAUAACUACCUGUUUCUCAUCUACCUUCUGUGGCAAAUCAGAUUUGGGUUUGAGGAGACAUAGCAGCAUCCAUAUGAAGCACCUGCUUUUUCAGGAGAAUCACAGACAGACUGGACAGGGCCAUACCGCAAGGAAAGCUGCUCUUUGGCAACAGUAUCCUCCAGACCACCUGGGACCUGGACUCUCCUAGUCCUGGAACAAGGGAACAAGUCUGUGGAUAACCCCCCCGUUCAGAACAGCCUCAACGGGACUGGUUGAUAUGGACUAAGCUUUGUCACUGGUCCUGCCAACCCUACUGAUGGAGAUGGGUGUCCAUGGACACAGGAUGUAAGGAUUGUCAACCCCACUUUGGACCUGUGUUGGGAAGCAGGGAUUUUGUACAUGCUGAGUGGAUCUGGUCAUUUGCGUUGAUUUUUAGAACAUUUUUGAAGCACUUGCAAUAUACACAGUUGGAGUUCUUGAAUGUUGCCCCUUUUUAAGAUCUCCUCCUGUUCUUCUGCACCCUGAGUGAGCUUUUUACCCCCCUUUCCUCUAUAGAUGCCCUGUCCCUCUGGCAUAGGAAAUAAAUAAAAGUUGAAGGACUCUUAUUUUUUAAUUCAUAUUUAUGUUUGUAAGUGAGCAAUAAUAAAAAAAAUGAAACCAUGUAUACACUACUUGAUUAAUAUUUUGUUGAUUGGUGAAACUGAUGUCAUUAAUGACAAUAAUUGGUAAUCAUUUUUCUAAUUUACCCAUUAAGUAUUAAGUAUUUAGCUGACUGGCAGCAUGUCAGAGGCACACACCAUUCCAGAUGAAAUACAGCUCUGGAAAAAAUGUAUU